GUUAUUUAUUAGAAUAUUAUUCCAACAAUGCUAUUGAACAUAUUGGAUGGAUGAUCACUGUUUCAACAACUCUACCUUUACUUUUCAAAUCUCAUUUAGAAGACUAUGUGUAUGAUUUAUUUUACAAAGAAUGUUUUGCUGGUAAUAACAUAGGAAUAAAUUUUAAACUUUCUUUAGAUAAAGAAUUGGCUAGUAAUAGCAUAGGAAUAAAUUUUAAACUUAAAGAAGAUACUGAAAGCAACCUCCUGCAAAAUAGUGUAAAGAAAAUUCCUUUUAAAAAAAUAGCUUUUGGAAAAGAUAAUCAAAAUAGAGCAAAUGAGACUAAAGAGAAAACUGCACAAAAAGCUGAAGGAAAAAACAAACACAAUAUAGUACCAUUCAAUUUGUGUGUAGUACCACUUCCAAAUUUCACAGUUAAUAAGAUUGAAAAGAAAAAUGUUCAAAAAAAAGUUGUUAUAACUUUUCUUAGACGUUUUAUACUUCCUCAUAAGUAUAUUGAUGAUAAAACAAAACUUAGUCCAUUUAUUCAAAUGAUUGAAUUGGAUGGAAAAGGUUUAAUCUUUGAUAAUCCAACAAUAGAAACCUUAACAAAUUUUUGUUGGCAACCUGCAAAAAUAUAUUUCUUAGAACUUUUCUUUAUUUUUAUACAAUAUGCAGCUUGUUAUGUUAUAUUAGUUUGGGCUUAUACAACACAUCAAAACAGUUCAAAUAAUCUUCGAAACUUUUUAAUUUUAGUUAUGGGUUAUUUUUAUUUUACAGGAUAUCGUCUUUUAUUACUUGAAUUCAGACAAUUAAAUUUUUAUGGAUUUAGUAAAUAUGUUUUUAAUAAAUACAACACAUUAGAUAUUAUUGUUAUUAUUGCACCUCUAUUAGUUGGAACAUCUAUAAUAGUUAAAUCAUUUGAAAUUGAAGAUGCAUUUGGUAGU